AUGUGUGCAAGUGAAAUAAGUGGUGCAUGUUUCAUGGCUAAGAUAAUACUAUGGUGCAACAGUUUCACUGGGAAUCUUACAAUCUCAACAAAGUUUGAAAUCACCGAAAACUGCAUGACAGGGAUUAUUCCUACUGAAUUUGGGCAACUUCGCCGAAUGAAGAUGUUAGGGUUAGCAUUGAAUAGCUUUGGUAGUAUUCCACGUGAGCUCUUUAACAUUUCUACUCUUCAAGUUCUCUCACUUGUUGAGAAUGCUAUGUCAUUAAGUUAUGUAUCUAUCUCUGAUAAUCCACUAUACGGAAUCAUUCCAGCUUCUGUUAGGAAUUUAUCUUCCUCACUUGUAGAAUUCACAGCCUCCGGAUGCAAAUUAAAUGGCAGCAUUCCUGUUCAAAUAGGCAAUUUAAGCAGAUUGACGAUCUUGGCAUUCGAUAGCAAUGAAUUAUCUGGUAAUAUUCCCCUCUCCAUCAAACAUCUGCAUAAGCUUCAAAGAUUGUAUCUUGCAGAUAACAUGUUGCAAGGCCCCAUUCCAGAGGUUGUGUGUCAUUUAUACAACCUCAACUUUAUAAAGAUGGACAACAAUCAGUUUUCAGGUUCAAUUCCGAUAUGUUUGGGAAACAUCUCUUCUUUAAGAUAUAUUUUUAUGUACUCCAACAUGUUGCAUUCAAGCAUACCUUCAAGCUUAUGGGAUCUAAAAGAUUUGCUGAAUCUUGACUUAUCUUCAAAUUCAUUCAGUGGGGUUUUACUUGAAAAGGUGAGUAAUUUAGGAGCAGCAAUCUCAAUAGAUCUAUCAAUGAAUCAGUUGGCAGGGCCUAUUCCGAGCACUGUUGGAAAGCUACAGAAUUUGGCUAAUCUAGCUUUGGCAAAUAACAACCUUGAAGGAUCUAUUCCAGUUUCCAUGGGAAGCAUGAUAAGUUUGGUGAGUCUUGACUUGUCUCACAACAACCUCUCUGGCUCAAUUCCAAAGUCGUUGGAAGCACUUCAAUACCUCAACUACUUUAAUGUCUCUUUCAAUACUUUGAGUGGAGAAAUUCCAAGUGGUGGUUCUUUCAGAAACUUCACUAUGGAUUCUUUUAAGGGAAAUAAGGCAUUGUGUGGAAUUCCAAGGUUCCAUGUCCCAAUAUGUCUUGCUGUUUCUGAUCACAGAUCAAAAAGGAAAAAGGUGGAACAAGAUUCAUUUAUUGCUUUUGAGACUGUGGCUUUGUUUUCAAUUGUUUCUCUAGCUCUUAUCUUUGUCAGAUACAAAAGGAAAGAUAAGAAAACUAGAGAUGUUGAUAAGCUGAUAUCCACUGUACCAGAAAGAAUCUCUUAUUAUGAACUUGUGCAAGCAACUGAACAAUUCAAUGAGAGCAAUUUGCUUGGCACUGGGAGUUCUUGCAGUGUCUACAAGGGAAUUCUGAACAAUGGGAAGGUUGUCGCUGUCACGGUGUUUAACAUUCAGUUAGAAGGUAUUUCAAAGAUAUUUGAUGUUGAAUGUGAGAUUCUUCGUAGCAUUCGACACAGGUGUCUGAACAGUGUCAUAAGCUGUUGUUCCAAUGAAGAGUUCAAGGCAUUAGUACUUGAAUAUAUGCCCAAUGGAAACCUUGAGAAAUGGUUAUAUUCCCACAACUAUUUCUUGAAUUCCAUGGAAAGAUUGAAUAUAAUGAUCGAUGUAGCAUCGGCUUUGGAGUAUCUUCACGGUGGCUAUUCGACGCCUAUUGUCCACAGUGACUUGAAGCCAAGUAAUGUCUUGUUAGAUGAAGAUAUGGUUGCCCGUGUAAGCGAUUUUGGGAUAGCAAAGUUGCUAUUUGAUGGAGAUAGCACAGCGUUAACCAACACCCUAGGAACAUUGGGUAUUAUAUUUUGCCUUAACUCUUUAUACUAUGUCACUUCCAUGUCAACUAAAAAUCAGCAUCAUUUGAAAAAUGGUUGGAAAACUUUGCAUGCUAUGAUAAAAUUAAAUAAAGUAAAACAUUUGAAUUGCCACGUGCGCUUGACUACCUAUAUUAAUUAG